GCCCGCUCCCCUCCCAUCCAAGAUGGCGGAGAGCUUGCCAGAGCAUGAGCGGAUCCUGCAGGAGAUUGAAAGCACAGACACGGCCUGUGUGGGACCCACCUUGAGACCCUCUGAAACGGAGAUGUCACCAUACAUUUAAUCACCAGAUUGAGACAAUUAGAAACAGGCUGGUAGCUGUCAAGGAUGGAUCCAGGCAGGGCUUUUCAAGGAGCAGCCUUCUCUUUGACUUCUUCAAAACAGAUGAUGUUCUGCCCUCUUUGAGAGAAGCAUUUAUUGUAUUCUCCACCUACCGGGCCACCUUCUCUCUCCCCUCUCCACUGGACAUCUUUUACUAGCCGAGAUGAACAAGGAUCAAGAGUGCAGGUGGAUAAUCUCAUGCUCCCAAGGAUCUUGUCUACAUCCUCAGACUUCACAAGUUGAAAGGUCUGUAUAUGAUGACCAGCCAAAUGCACACCAAAAGUUCAUGGAAAAACUGGAUGCGUGUAUACGCAACCAUGACAAGGAGAUUGAAAAAAUGUGCAAUUUUCACCAUCAAGGCUUUGUGGAUGCUAUUACAGAACUUCUUAAAGUAAGGGCUAAUGCAGAAAAACUAAAGGUCCAAGUUACUGAUACCAACCGAAGGCUUCAAGAUGCUGGGAAAGAGGUGAUAGCUCAAACAGAGGAAAUCAUCCAGUGUAGACUUCAGCAGAGGAAUAUUACGACCGUGGUUGAGAAACUUCAGUUGUGUCUUCCAGUUCUGGAAAUGUACCGCAAACUAAAAGAGCAGAUGAACGUGAAACGAUAUUAUUCUGCUUUAAAAACUAUGGAGCAGCUAGAAAAUAUAUACUUCCCUAGAGUGAGUCAGUAUCGUUUUUGCCAGAUAAUGACUGAAAACCUUCCAAAGCUUCGUGAGGAAAUUAAAGAAAUUUCCAUGUCAGAUCUUAAGGAUUUCCUAGAAAGUAUUCGGAAGCAUUCAGAUAAAAUUGGUGAAACAGCAAUGAAACAGGCACAGCAACAGAAAACCUUUAAUACUGCUCUCCAGAAGCAGAACAAUCUAAGUUAUGGAAAGAAUAUGUAUAUAAGUAAUGACUGGCUUCCAGAACCAAGGAAUGAAAUAGUUUCAAAUCAAAACCUUGAGGAAGAAGAAGAAGAACAUGAAGAUGAGGUUUUGACAGCUCAUGAUCUGGUAGACUUUUCACCUGUUUAUAGAUGCUUGCAUAUUUAUUCAGUUCUGGGUGACGCGGAGACAUUUGAAAACUAUUAUAGAAAACAGAGAAGGAAACAGGCAAGACUAGUAUUACAGCCACAGUCAAACAUGCAUGAAACAGUGGAAGGCUACAGAAGAUACUUCAGUCAAAUUGUAGGUUUUUUUGUAGUGGAAGACCACAUUUUACAUGUAACACAUGGACUAAUAACAAGAGCUUACACUGAUGAGCUUUGGAACAUGGCACUUUCUAAGAUUAUUGCUGUCCUUAGAACUCAUUCAUCCUAUUGCACUGAUCCUGAUCUAGUUUUGGAGCUGAAGAAUCUGAUCGUUGUGUUUGCUGAUACUUUGCAGGGUUAUGGUUUUCCUGUGAACCGACUAUUUGAUCUUUUAUUUGAAAUAAGAGACCAGUACAAUGAAACACUGCUUAAAAAAUGGGCUGUGGUAUUCAGGGAUAUUUUUGAAGCAGAUAAUUACAGCCCGAUACCUGUAUCAAAUGAAGAAGAAUAUAAAAUAGUGAUUAGCAAGUUUCCUUUUCAAGAUGCAGAACUUGAUAAGCAGUGUUUUCCAAAGAAACUGCCAAUGUCUCAGUCAGUGCCUCAGAUUUAUAUCCAGGUUAAAGAAUUCAUUUAUGCAAGCCUUAAGUUUUCGGAGUCCCUUCAUCGCAGUUCGACAGAAAUAGAUGAUAUGCUUAGAAAAUCAACGAACUUGUUGCUGACUAGAACUUUAAGCAGUUGUUUACAAAACCUCAUCAAAAAGCCUCACAUAGGUUUGACAGAGUUGGUGCAAAUUAUCAUAAACACAACACAUUUGGAACAAGCAUGUAAAUACCUUGAAGACUUCAUAACUAAUGUUACAAAUAUUUCUCAAGAAGCUGUUCAUACUGCAAGACUUUAUGGUCUUUCAACAUUUAAGGAUGCAAGACAUGCUGCUGAAGGAGAGAUUUAUACCAAACUUAACCAAAAGAUUGAUGAAUUUAUCCAGCUUGCUGACUAUGAUUGGAUAAUGACUGAGCCAGAUGGGAGAGCCAGUGGUUACUUAAUGGAUCUUAUUAAUUUCUUAAGAAGCACCUUUCAAGUUUUUACUCACUUGCCUGGAAAAGUGGCCCAGACUGCUUGUAUGUCAGCUUGCCAGCAUCUUUCAACCUCUAUGAUGCAGAUGCUAUUGGAUAAUGACUUAAAACAAAUAAGCAUGGGAGCCAUUCAGCAAUUUAACUUAGAUGUCAUGCAGUGUGAAUUGUUUGCCAGUUCUGAGCCUGUACCUGGAUUCCAUGGAGAAACCUUGCAGUUAGCAUUUAUUGACCUCAGACAACUCCUGGACCUGUUCAUGGUGUGGGAUUGGUCGACUUACCUCGCGGACUACGGGCAGCCCAGCUCCAAGUACCUGCGCGUCAAUCCAAGCACCGCCCUGGCCCUGCUGGAGAAAGUCCACAGAGGCAUGAAAGACGUGAACAAGAAGAACAACAUCUUCGCCCAGUUCCGAAAGAACGACCGAGACAAGCAGAAGCUCAUCGAGACGGUGGUGCGGCAGCUGCGCGGACUGGUGAACGGGAUGUCGCAGCACUCGUGAGGGCCCGGCCGGCUUCAAGGCUGCGGGAGAGCCGCGGCCGGGGUCAGCGCCCCAGCCCCUCGUGGCCCCGCUUGACGGAGGGCCGGCGAGCGAUGCUGACGAGGAGACUGGCCUAUGAAGCAGCAGCAGCCGCCGCCGCCGCCCUGGGGCCUGGUGGUGGUGGUGGUGUGGGGCCCUUUCCCUAGCAAUCGCUACUCUCUUUAAAAAAGUGUAAACAAUUAGGAGGGGAGAAAUGGGGCUGUGUAUUUACCAAGGCAGAGCGCCAGAGUGUACAGUAUAGUUGUAAAUACCUCCAGAGGUGUCCUCCACCCACCCCCUACUUCGAAAUGACUGGAAGGGGGGGUGGCCCCCAAGCUUCCCUUGCCGCUUCCUGCUUGAACCCCGCUGCCAUCUUUUCUAAACUGCUCCAGGCCCACAGGCUGCCUUCCUCUCUCUCCUCCCACCACUCCAGCGCCCCGCAUUGCUUGUAUAUGAGUAGACCGUUUUCUAUAUCAGGUUUUCUUUUUGUAGUCGGGGAAGGGAGAUCUUUUUGUAAAAACCCUUUGAAACUACCUGAAUCAAACGCCGGCCUUGGUGGCCUUUGAAGGCCGGGACUUUUCUAGAUUAUUCUCCCCCUUCCCCGGAGUUUGCUUCUGCCCCCGCUGCAGAAGGGACAAGACAACGCGAUGCCCAUUGUUGUGUGCGAAGUGUGUGUGUCGUUCGGGGUGUUGAUAGCACUAGAUCCGUGUUCGCCUUUCCCCGACUUCCAACUUCUGCAGUGGAGCCGCCGAUGCCGAAGAAACACAAGCGCGAAUGUAUAACCAAUGCAAACCAAAUGAAAUCGGGGACUUGCCUACAGAAUGUACAUUCUCUCUCUCUCUCUCUUUCUUUUUGCUCCCUGUAUUAAGUUAUUUGACGGUCCAAAAAUACAGUAAUAUAAACCUUA